UGCUUCUGCCUGUGUUUACUGUGUGAUCGACUGCUUCUGCCUGUGUUUACUGUGUGAUCGACUGCUUCUGUCUGAGUGAUCCAACAUGGCGACCCCCGCAGCAUCACGUGUUCUGUUCUCUGAGGCGGUGAGAGAGGUGCUGCUCAGCUGGCCGGUUCUACAGAUCGCGGUGGAUAAUGGGUUUGGAGGCGUGUACGGGACGCAGAAAGCUGAUUGGAUGGUGGAUGUGGUGCAGCAGUUUUUCCAUGACAACGCCGACCUGCAGCGCGGAGAAGUUGAAGACUUCCUGUCCGACAUCAUGAACCAAGAGUUCAACACAGUGGUGGAGGACGGGAGUUUACCUCAGCUGUGUGACGCUCUGCUGCAGAUGUUCUCUCAGUGGCAGCAGGGGGCGCUGCAGACGCUCAGAAACACCAUCGACUCCUUGUCUCAGAAGAAGAGUGAGAGGGCAAAGGUCACGCCCCCCCCCCCUCAGUCUGAUGAAGAUGAGGAUGAAGAACCUCAGGUGAUGGAGUGUGAACCCUCUGCUCCGUCAGUCAGCAGGAAAGCAGACCCUCCUGAGGAAGAGGAGGGCUGGACGGUGGUGAAGAAGAAGUGAAGAGGAGUGUGUGUGUGUGUGUUUUUAAUAAACCUGUU